GUUGAGCUCUCUACUACCAACUGGAGAAGACGGUGCCUUUCUGUUACUUGUGGUGCUCACCUGCCAUCGCUGCCUUCAGAAUGAGUGACCUCCAAGAAGAAGGUAAAAAUGCUAUCAAUGCACCGAUGAACCCGAGCACCGUGGACAUCCAUCCAGAAGACACACUAUUAGAGGAGAAUGAGGAACGCACUAUGAUUGAUCCUAACUCAAAAGAAGACCCCAAGUUCAAAGAACUGAUCAAGGUUCUAAUUGACUGGAUUAACGAUGUGCUGGUGGAGGAGAGAAUCAUUGUCAAACAGCUUGAAGAGGACCUUUAUGAUGGGCAGGUGCUGCAGAAGCUGCUGGAAAAAUUGGCUGACCGUAAACUGAACGUGGCAGAAGUGACGCAAUCUGAAAUUGGUCAGAAACAGAAGUUGCAGACAGUCCUGGAAGCUGUCCAUGAUUUACUCCGACCCCACGGCUGGACAAUCAAGUGGAACGUUGACUCAAUCCAUGGCAAGAAUCUGAUUUCCAUUCUGCACCUUCUGGUAGCUUUGGCAAUGCACUUCCGAGCUCCCAUUCGACUGCCUGAACAUGUGUCUGUACAAGUGGUAGUUGUACGGAAGCGCGAAGGCCUCCUUCAGAGCACUCACGUGACAGAGGAGCUGACGACCACAACGGAGAUGAUGAUGGGAAGAUUUGAGCGUGAUGCCUUUGACACACUUUUUGAUCAUGCACCAGACAAACUCAGCGUGGUCAAGAAGUCUCUGAUCACCUUCGUGAACAAGCACUUGAACAAACUGAAUUUGGAAGUAACCGAGUUAGAAACCCAGUUUGCAGAUGGCGUUUACUUGGUUUUGCUCAUGGGUCUCCUUGAAGACUAUUUUGUUCCACUUCACAACUUCUACUUAACACCUGAGAGUUUUGAUCAAAAGGUCCAUAAUGUUUCCUUUGCUUUUGAGUUGAUGCAAGAUGGAGGACUGAAGAAACCAAAAGCUCGCCCUGAAGAUGUUGUCAACUUGGAUCUGAAGUCUACCCUCAGGGUUCUCUACAACCUGUUCACAAAGUACAAGAACGUUGAAUGAUCCUGGAAGCUGCUGAAGCCUUCAUCCCUCCAACCUCCUUAGGCUGAAAUUACAAUAAACACCCCCUCUGCACGCUCCCGUUGUGCCUUAUGCUAUACUUCAUGCCUUCUUUCUACCGUUGGUGUGGCCUGUCUGUAGCUGUUUGUAUGACGAUCCCACUAAAAACUAUGCAUGUGUAUUCUCUAGGUCACUUGAAAAUGUGUAGCUAUUUCACAUGUUUACCAGAAGAUACUCCUUGAUCUGUUGUUUGUUGUGAUCAACAAAUGCUCUUUUGAUAAAGGAAAUACACCACUAACUACUUUAAUCAGCAGGGAAGAUGUGAGACCUUCCUCGUGGCUGGACACUCUUUGAUUCUGCAUAUUCCAUGGUUGCAACUGGCAUUUGAUGAUUUUUCAGAUUUAAGUGUUGGCAGUAGGAAAACAGCAUUGGAAUUUAUUUGGAAGCUGAACCUUUUCUGUUAAAUAAGGUUUGGUAUGUUGUGUUGGGUGGGUGGGGCUGAGGGGAAUGACAGGCACUAUCUGAAGCUAAUGGCAGGAGCUUCAGUUUUUUCGUUAACCUCAUGCUGCUCAGUGUUACUUCCAUUCCGUGUUUACACAGAGUAAGUCUUGCAGUGGGAUGACCAGCUAAUCUUUCCGUGUCUGUUUUUUCCUUCAUCUCCUUUCUAGGAGAAAUUUGGUUGCUAAAGCCACUAAUCAUCCCUUAAGCACGCAGCUUCAGCCGGGUCAGGCAGGCCUGGUCAGGUAGGCUCAGGCUGGAUUGGUGCAUCUUGCCCCCGGCCCUUUCCGAAGGAGCAGGGGAGAUAAGGAGCUGGGCAGUGUGAGGGCUGACUCCUCAUUUCACAGGCUGAGCUAAAGGGCCACGUUCGUUCCUGUUGGAGUUCCUGGCAGCUGUACGCUUCUGGGCGUCAGGCUUUUUUAAACAGUUUUGUCUGUUGUCUUUCCUAAGGCGUAAAACUGAAUUCCUGUGUAAGAGCGAGCCUGCCUGUCCCCGUGGAUUGCACUGGGCCGGGAGGACGCGGGGCAGACGCAGGGCAGGCAGGCGGGAGCCUCCUCGGUCACCGGUUACGCUUCAGACAAUGCCGUCGAGUUGCCCUGUGCCAUCCCAGGAAAUACUCUGCUAGGCUCUGGCCUAGUCCUCUCGUCUUCCAGGCUGCUGCAGAUUUUAGCAGGCGUCUUUUUCACAACAGAGUUGCUAGAUUUGUCCGGUGGACUCGAGUCACCGCCGAGGACUUAACAGGUUAAGCAGCCGGUCCCUGGCGGGGUGUGCCAGGAGCAGCGGGGGUACGGGAAGGCUGUGCCGCAGCGUGCACCCGCUGAGCAGGUUUUUGAGGAGAGCUGUGCGAAGGGAACGGGAUUGUCGUUUCCAGAGUAGGUGAAUUGUGGCACAUGCAUAGCACAGCAUUCCUCUCCUUGGAGCGCACGGGGGAGAUCUGACGGCUGCUUUUGUGGGUCACAGCAGCAACUUUUGUGGGUAGCCAUAAUCUGUGGGAAAUGUUAAGCAAGAGUGCCCCGAAAAGGUGGCGGGUAGCGUCGCUCUGCUCCGCGGGCUUGCUCGAGCCCUGUUGUAAGUAGGCAUCUUCUUGCCCUAAAAAAGGAUUUCUACACCAAACAUUAUUUACCCUUCUGAGUUCAAGAGGAAACGUGCUAUUUGAAUGGGAUAAUUUUACAAUUGGGAUUUUCUCCUUCCCUCCAAGUGUUUUUUAAUCCCAGAGGGGGAGAAAUGGGCUUCUGCAUCUUUGUUUUACAUUUUUUGGAUUCUGAGUAUGUGAAUUAUUUGGGUCACCUCCCCUCACACCUCCAAAACAAAGAUGGAAGUAAGUUGCCUUUUCUUUCCAUCAGAAAUUCGGAUCCUGUCUGCUCUGUAAGGUUCUGUGGGGAAUCACUGCUUGCCUGUAUUUUAGGGAGCUGACCUCUCGCUGCUUAUACGAGCCCAGAACAAUUGGACUUUGGUUUCUGAUGGGGUCACUGGACUUUACAACAACACUGGCAAUUAUUGCAGAGGAGACUUGCAGAGGCACUGAGGCCUGGAGGGUCAGCUCUCCUGGCGAGUUAAUGAAACUGGUCUGACUUUCAUGCUGUGAAAUAGGGCUGUCGUGGGGCUGGAAGGGGGUUGAACUGAAAGGUCUCUCGAAUUAACGCAGUGUUACUGGUGGGAAACAAGUCUUAAAGAGCUGUGGUUCUGCCCGCAUGCCUUCAGGUGGUGUGGAGGUGCCAGUGCUGUUUGUAUUCUCUUGAGUUGCUGGGAGAGACCUCCAGAGCAUCUAGUUUUUGAAAUUGCGUGCAAUAUUGAUGUCAAAAGCAGACAGGAGAUAACAAGGUUGAUAAGAGCAGUUUGGCUUUGGGAGGGGGAACGCCUGUUUCUGGGAUGGGAUUGUACAGCUGGCACCUUCACGGCACGUGAGCAGAUGUGAACACCCCAGCAGAGUUCAGAGGAGCCUCUGCUCUGUUCAGUUACGUGUUUCUGGUCACUCUGCAGAAUGCGGGUCCCUCCUGUACAGCCUGAGGGCACGGGCCCCUUGUAGCAUCCUUCCGUUCCCAUCCCUGGCAGUCGGGAUCGCAGCGCAGCGCUGACGCCCUGAGCAGGCUGGGGGCAGGUGUCAUGCCCUGGUUUGUUACGUUUUUAAGUCCGUGGGUAAAUGUUGCGCAGGGAAAACACAUUUUUCCUUCCUUGGCUCCUUGCUGUCUGGCCGGGUCGCUCCUCCUGUAGGCGCUGUAUUUAUUGUUAACAGGGUUGGGAGCAGGGUGGGUUUGUUACGCUCCAAACGAACCCUUUGUGUUACUGGAUUUCAGAUCUGUCCCCCGGGUGCCAGGGGGGUAGAUCUGAAUCCUUUGAGUUCAUCUGAGAUGCUGAACGCUCUGCAGCAUUAACGCUUCCACAUCUGGGAGUACUUGAUGAGGGUCUGUCUUUUCCAGGCCAUACAGGUUUGCCUUUUAGGUGCAUCUGCUCGGCACACUCAGUUCCAGUGGGCUGUAUCACCACAGAAAAAGCCCGGAUACUCCUCAUCUGCAGCCUCUUUUUCAAGAUGAAAAAACAGGUGGCAGAUGGGUUUUGAUCAGUUAAACCUUGUAGGAUUUCUUACCCCUCUUCCCCACACCCCAGUGCUUUCAGUAUUAGUGUAUUUUUAAGAGUCUUUUGUACUGUUUUUAGCAGUGUUUACUCUGGAUUUCUAACUACUAAAAACCAGCCUUGCAGAUAAAAUUCUGGACUUGUCGUAUGCUGGGGACAUCCAGCUUUGUGACAAGAGUUUUGUACUGUAAGCAAGUUACAAUGCAAUGCUAUGUGUGCUAAAAACCACAGCAGGAGUGUUAUGCAUGGUUUGUGUCAGUUGUACUAUUUAUUCAAAUAAAUAAAUAAUAAUCA